UGCUACAUACAUUAUCUCACCUAUUCGCCAUUUUGAACUUCGCGAUCGUUGCAACUUUUGGCGCUUUACCGGUGCACUAAAAUAGUGUCAACACCCAUUCAACCUCAAUUGAUGAAGUCUGAGAGAGCAUAUUAACCCUGGAUAAACUUCAAUAAUGAAAUAAUUUUUCUGAGUUAGUAUCAUAUUUGAAAUCAUAUGAUAAGGUGUGCAUUGUUGCUUCGAAGUGAUCACUUCCGAACUGGAAAACUGAAUUACCGAGUGUUGUUGCAUGCAUGCUGUAACGUUCGUAGAUGUCCGUAAACGCGAGGAUUCAAUGGGGGAACCGUAAAAAGACGACGCAACACGCACUCCCUCACGUAAACAUUGAGAAAUCUUAACUUAGACCCUUCAUUGAUUCACGUUUUUCUUGUUUAUUGAUCUAUCCUGUCUGUGUAGCUCGAUCUAUUUUGGGGGCUCAGUAACUCUGUCAGCCCGGGGGCAGUGAGCGGAAAAUAAUCGCAGCGAAGCAUUUGCAAUGAUGCAUGCUGCCUCGGAUACCUUCGCCAUGUUUUGGAGGUUUGGAAUGCCGACGACGUCACAUAUUGACACGUUGCUAGAAAAAGAGGAUAUCACAUUAUCAGAAGUACUAGAAGAAGACGACGUAUUACAAGAAUGCAAAGGACAGAACAGGAAACUGAUAGACUUCCUGGUGAGGACAGAUGUGAUAGAGGAGUUAGUGAACUUGAUAACGAGCGAGCCGUCCCAAGACCUCCAUGAGUCUGUACAGUACAAGAACCCCAACAUGGCCUGCGAGCUCCUCACGUCCGACGUGGCCGCUAUAUGCGACAAGCUAGCAGACACAGAAACUGCUUUCACCAGUUUAUGGAAGUUCCUCGACAGGCCGGCCCCUCUCAACCCCCUCCUAGCCAGUUUCUUCAGCAAGACGAUAGGGUCGUUGCUAUCGAGGAGACCCGAGGUCGUCGUCGAGUUCAUCAAGGGCAGGGAGGACUGCAUAGGCCUACUCCUCUCUCAUUUAGAAGUCUCUGCUAUCAUGGACCUCAUCCUUAGGCUAAUCACAUGCAUCGAGUCCCCGGAAAUUAGGAUAGCAUUCCUCAAUUGGUUAAAUGAUCAAAGGUUCAUCCAAAGACUAGUAGACCUCAUAGACACAGAGCAGUCGGAGGACACGCAUAGCAACGCAGCACAGACCUUGUGCGAUAUCGUCAGGCUCACUAGGGAACACAUGUCACAAUUACAAGAAUGUGCGGAUAACGAUCCUUUACUCACAACAAUAGAAAUGGAAGAAACGGUAUCAGAGUUACUAGAUCACAUGUUCAAGGGUACGAUAACAGAGUCAGCAAUAGUCAACGGUAUUUCAAUUCUACUUUCAUUAUUGGAGUUCAGGAAACAAGGGGCUGCAUGGGCAUUGUCCUUUGGUCCAGACGGUCAAGAACAGAUGACCCAGCUGGACGCUGAGAGGUUAGCUAGGGGGGUCAGCGGUACACUCAAGGCAGUCGUCAGUAGAUUAGCAGAUAUGCAGCAGUUAUUAGAAGACCCGCCCGGGAGAAAAGAAAUGUCAACGACAGUAGGCAAACUGGAGCCACCCCUUGGUAAUGUUAGGUUACAAAUCAGCAAAUUAGUCUCAUCACUACUCAUCACUAAUACAGCUGCUAUCAAUGCUGAACUGGCAAGACUAGGCACCAUCAAGAAAUUAGUCGAUCUCUUCUUAACGUAUGCAUGGAAUAACUUUUUACACUUAGAGGUGGAGAAGUCAAUUAGUACAAUCCUUUCCAACAACCCCACAGAGUCAGAAGAAGGCAAGACGCAACAUCCACUCCUAGUACAUCUGUUCACAGAAAGCAAGCUAAUUCCCAAAGUGAUGGAGGCAUGGGAGGAGAACGACAUUCAUCAGAAGCAGGGCAGGUCACGGAGAGGUUACAUGGGUCACAUGACCAGGAUAGCCAACGUCCUCACCCAGGAGAUGGAGAAAGGUUGCAAUAAUGAACAGAUCAAAUCUCUCUAUCAAGAAUAUAUCCCCGAGGAUGUAAGAGAGAAAUGGAGUUCAUUUCUAGCUGGCAGUCUAGCAGAAACUAACAAGAGAAAUCUAGUUGAAUUGGUCGGGACCCAUCCGCUGCAUUCGUCAAGUGAAGACGAUGAUUCCGACUUCAAGGACAUCGACUUUGGCAAAGACACCGCUCUUCAACAGGCCUUCUCCGAUUAUCAGAUGCAACAAAUGACGUCCCAUUUUAUUGACCAGUUCGGCUUCAACGACGAAGAGUUUGCAGAGCAAGAGGAGAAUGUCAACAAUCCAUUCGACAGGAUAUCAGACAUCAACUUCUCAAUCUCUGCAAAUGAAGACAACCCUAACUCAGCCCUAUUUGAAGCCUGCUGCAAUGAAAGAGUACAACCCUUCAACGACAGUAAUAGUGAUGAGGAAGAUAUCUGGGAAGAGAAAGAACUCACGUAUACAGCCAACAAUGACCUCAGGUCAAGUGAUGUAUCAUCCAAGAACGAAGGAGGUAGCGACCAGGCCAACCAUAGUAGUAGCGACGAGGAUGAGGAUGGAGAUAACACAGUAGAAGAGUUCCCUCCCCUGGAGAGGGCGGCACAGAGUCCUCUAGCGGGUCAGAACGGCGAGGACACCAAGAUGGAUGUAGACUCAGAAAACACAUGGCAAGCCAACUUUGAGCAAGCUCCAGUUGCCAUGGAUACGACCCCCAGCGGCUGGGAGCAACCUUCAUCGUCAACGGCGACGGCGGGAGGAGGAGACGAGGAUACAGGAUGGGCUAACUUCAAUGAAUUCAAUGCUAACUUUACUCCUGAAGACGGUUCACAUGGACCAAGGAGUAGCUCCCCUGUGGCGAUGGAAAGCGAGCCUUCAUCACAAGACCUCAAGGAGACGAGUGAAGCAAUGGCAUCCUCAUCUAGUCCCAGCUCAGAUGUACAAAGUUCAACAGAUACCAUCAGAAGUUCAGCGUAUGUUGUGUCAAGUAGUUCUUCAGAUCAGGCAACGGUCGGUGAAGGAUCACCAAACACCUCAACAGAAGCUGUUCAAGACCAGUCAGAAGAGAAAGCCAUGGUAGUGGAGCCAGCAGCGUCAUCUCCAGUCGACAACAGAAUAUCACAAGAGGCCAACGUCCCAACUAGCCAUCAGUCCAACGACCAAACUCUAAACAAUGCAGUUAGUAGUUCAUCUGACCCUAAGGGAACAUUAACAAAUGCAGCUCCUGCCGAGCCGCAAGUUCCUAUGGACUUACCCGUUAGUAAUCCUGUUCAAAGCCAGCCAGACACGGCAGCUAUAGUUCAAAAUAACUGUAAAUCCCCUGUUAGUAGUAAUCAAGUAUCGGUGAACAGUAGCCUUGUGUCGUCGGUCAUUUCUAGUCAAGAUUCAACGUCUUUGAAUAUACCUCUCUCCAAUUCGAAUCCCAACUCGCACGCGGACAACUCUCCCAGCCCCAGUUCGGUCAGCCCGAGCUUGACCAGCACGGACUUGCCUAGCAGCGAGAAAUGCGGCAUGAGCAACACGGCGCUUCACACGAACCCCGGACAGUGUAUACCCACGAUGGGUUGUAACGCCGCCGAUCCCAAUAACUUAUCUCCCGUCGAGAACUCGAGUAAUCACACCAUGGUCAACGAUGUCGGGAACACGGACAUCGGCAUCAACAUCAAGGCGGAUUUGAAGAUGGAGCUGAGCGAGGAAGUGCCGUCGCCGACGACGCCGACGACAUCGCCCGUCGAUGGGGAUAGCAGUCCGGAAGCUGCUGUGACGAUCUCGCCGGUGGCCGUUCAGGAGGAGAGCAAUAAUGUUCAUUCAGAUCUAGUCAACAAUGAUGCUAACCUUUCACCUGAGGGGGAUGCAGCAGAUAAGCUUAGUUUCAUUGCCAAGUCUGAGUUCAUGAAGUCUGGAGCUAGUUCUCAAUCUCCCAGCUCCCCAAGCCCCAAUGGACCUCUGGAUCUCCAAGACUCUCAACAUAAUAGGAAUGAUUCCUCAGAUAAUAUUGACAUUCAGGUUACUGCAGUAACUCAGAAUGGACCCGUCUGACACAACUCCCCACCCCCGCAAUGCACGUAGAACAGUCCAUGCUGCCAUCCACCCAACAGUGCCGUCGGGUGCAGUCCACUCCGCGCGAGGGAGGAGAGGAGCGUCUCAAUCGGAGGGAAGAAAUCGAUCCCCACAGCACUCACGAUAAGCAAGAUAUAUUCUCUAUAUUCAUACAUCAUCUACGUCUCGCCACAUUUUUUCGAAUAUUUAGCCCCGAUUGCGAGAGAUGACGAGGUGUUGUGACGAUGAGUUUCUUCUGCGCCUGAUUUCGCACUGGUCACUUUCGAAGCAGUAUUUUGUCUUGUGUCAGGUUUCUUUGCGAGAAAACUCCCCCCUGUGUAGUUAUAAAAUCCUUUAUAGUUAACCAGUAGGUAUUUCCAUUCAAAUUUAACCAGCAGGUGUGAAAAUAAUCCAGAUCUAUUUUUGCUAAUAUCAUUUUCUUGUUUCUUGAAUGCUUUCACGAUUUUUGUUAUUAAUGCUAUUGGGUUUACUCUGUUCAUUUGUCUUUGCGAGACCUUUGCCUGUGUAUUACUUGUAUCCUUUUAUUGUGUUUGAAACUGAAAUGCAUAUACCUCAAUGGAGUCUGGUGUCUAUGAAGCAAAAGUCUUUGAUAUGUUUUUUGUCGCGUGGUAGGAGCAGCCACCCUUCCCGCAAGUAGGUCAAUGUGACAUCAACAUUCUUUGUACACUUUCUCCAUGGAAAUGUGUCAGUUACGAAGCUCUCAUCGCCAUAAUUGUUCCACAUUUUAGACUACCUCCAGAGUUGCCGUUAGUUGCAGCCAGUGUACUAGACAUCAAGACACAAAUUACAACCUCUGUGGAAUUUAAGAUAAAUAUAAAAGACAUUUGGAGUAUUGACAAAUCAUUUAUUGAAACGGUAAUUCCACAUCUUCAUUCUGAUGAAAUUCAAGAGGAAAUUCCUGUACCGUCUCAAUUUCUUUCAGAAUUAAUGAUUCAACACCUGUAGUUCAUACAUUUUCAUAUAAUUUGAGCCCAAUUAAACCGUGGCCUGCAAACUCGAAGCAAAUGAUAGGUCUACUUACUUAGGGAUACAGAGCACCAAAGCAUUACUUGACACUGUAAAUCUAGCUUGUAAUGUAUACCUUUAAGCACAUUGCAUAACUGGUUUCUAAAGGUAGUAAAAGUCCGGUGUUCAGUUUUAUCGGUGUCGGUGUCUCUGAAAUGAAUUCAGGUAUGUAUGUUUUGUGUACACACACCUAACUCUGAAGUUGAACUUUACAAGUGUUAAUUAAUUAAUUAAUUGAUAAGAUGUUGGAAUGCUCGCUGAUAAGGCUCAUUCUCAGAGGAAUCAUAGCGUUUUUGUCCAGCGCGAAUGUUGCAACAGUCUUCUGUUACUAAGCAUAUAUAACAAGAUGCAACAGCUUAUUUAAGAGCACCUAAAUUGAGUUGGUACAGCACAUUUUUGUUGAGUCUUAAAACCAAAGUUUGCUUCAAGGGGAUGCAAACAAUUUAAUCACAUUUGCUUUGCUCCCAGUAAGUUAUGAUCAUUGAGAAUUGGACGCGCUAUACCCAAGAGUAAUGAUGAUCCAGAUCCAACAUUUCUGCUUCUUUAUUGAAUUAUGGUAGCAACAAAUCUGAAUCUGGCCAAUAAGCGACACUUCGUUUAAAUUUGUUAUACUUUAAAAAUAUCAUUCAGAACUUAUAUACUCCAAGAAAAUGUGGCAUUGUGACAAAUACACUUUCGUUCUUCCACUAAAUAUUCAUCUCAUACCAAAGCAGUUAUUCACAUCAAAUUUGAAUACAGAUGUUAUGCACGAUUCUAAAUGCAUUUAUCACAUUGGCAAAGUUUGUCACGAAUAAACCUGUUAUGGUUUCUUUUCGUCCAUUCAAUAUUAGAAUGCUUUUCUGAACAUUUGUUGCAUCGAUAUGUUGGCUAGUUGAUGGGACAGUUUGACAUUUGGCAUAUUAUAGAGACGUAUUUGACCUAUUUACACAGUGCGGGACAUCAAAUAAUAUUCUUCUUAAUUUUCAAAGGUUCUGAAAGUUGUUGUUAUUUCUGCAAGGAUACGUGAAUUCAAGGGCAUAUAUUACAUACAUUGGUAUUUAUUAUGGGUUAACAUUAAACCUGAAGAAAAAUCAAAUGGGAAACGCUGCUACAUUCCUAGAUUUUUCCAAAUUUGAAAGUCUGGUGUGUAUGAUUAGAUUGCUACUAAUUUUAUUUUCAUUCUCAGAGAUUAAAGCUACUAUAAUCUACAAAAUGAAGGCUAUGUGAAAAAAGCAUUUUUUAAAAAUUAGCGUGAAAAGAUGUAAUGUUUACCUCAAAUAAUCGGCGAUCAUUCAUCCUAGUGUCGAUAGUAAGAAAUGAAUUCUAGCAAGCAAUUUCUUAAACAAGGGUAUUGCAUCUCUGUACAAGGGAGUUUAAUCGAUUUUAAAACGCAUGGGUUUGGAAUAUGUGAACUAAUUUGUCGGACAGAUAACAAAAUGUGUUUUAUGCUGAAUUAUCGUUAAUGUUAUGUGUCGAACAUCAAGGGGCUAUGCUGUAAUGAAAGCAGACUAGGUUCUUCUGUGAAUGGGAUUUUGUUGAGCUAUUUUUAAGAGUGAUUGAUAUGUAAUAUUCUCUUAUGUUUCGAUUCAAUGCAAUUUAUCAUUUAAAAAAAAAAGAAAUCACUGUAUCUCUGAGCAGCUGCGAUUUGAUUUAUGCAGUUUGAAACUAUGAAUGACAUACGGUAGCUGUUUGGUGUUGGAUAUCUCGACACAUGCUGUCCCCAUACUGAUUACAUGUGAACACACACCCUGAAACACUAGUUCAUUAACAGGAUAACAUGGAUGUGUUCACAUGGUUAUUUAAUAUAGGCUGGUAUUGGAACACUAACCCACUGUGCUGAGCUAAAUCCGGAUUUAGUUCAGACUUAAAAAAGGGAAUCUGAACAAAUCUUCUGGCAUUUUAAGUUUUGCAUCACCAUAUAUUUGAAGUGCACCUUCCCCCACCAAACAAAACUUAUUUCUUAUAUGACCUGACUUUCAGAACAAGAAGGGUAUCUUUUUUACUUUGCCUAUUUAAAUGAUAAUAUCUUCUUCACUUCACUGCCUGACAUACGCGUGCAUGUCAAUCUAGUCCUAGUGUAAACAUUACAGAACUGUGAACAAUGUCUUGUGUCUUGCAUUGAGUGUGGGGACAGUUCAAGUCUUAAACACACUCAAAUUAGGGAGAAUUUAGUGUGAUUUCUACAUUCAGUAUGGGGACAGUUCAAGUGUUAAACACACUAAAAUUAGGGAGAAUUUAGUAUGAUUUUCUAGAUUCAGUAUGGGGACAGUUCAUGUGUUAAACAUUCAAAUUAGGGAGAAUUCAGUGUGAUUUUCUACAUUCAGUAUGGGGACAGUUCAUGUGUUAAACAUUCAAAUUAGGGAGAAUUCAGUGUGAUUUUCUACAUUCAGUGUGGGGACAGCUGUGUUCUCUAGAGGUGGUUUGUAGUCCAACUUCAUGUUGAAGAUUAAGAAAAGAUAAAUACGUUUUUAUGGCAGGGAUGUCUUUAAUAGUCACUAGAAUAUACAUAUGGCAUGAAUGAAUGAGAGAAGAAUAUUUUUAUGUCAUGAGGUAACAACAUAUUAAAUGUCACAUAUUUAUGUGCCAGUUAAAAGUAAAGAAAUGAAAAAAGAGCAUAUGUAUAUUUGUUAUUCAAUUUACUGAGAACAUUUGUAAGAUAUUUUUCAAAGAUUGUCUGUCCUUUUCUUUUUAAAUACAGUGAAUAUGCUGAGGAUGAUUUUCCUUCUCUCUAUUAUAUAUUUCUCGUAACAGGAGGAAAAAUGCAAAUAUUUGAAUGAAGGCAUGUUGUAUUGCAUUGUUUUUAUUUUGUUGUGUGGUUAGUAGUUAAUAGAUAGUGAAUUUCCUUUAAUAUUUUCAAUUUGAUGAUAAUUUAUCUUUAACGAGAGGAGAAAAAAAUGCAAAAGAUGUUCUACGAUGUACUUCCAGUUUUCAUUUUGUUUUUACCCACAGGAGGGUGGAUUGAAAUAUUGUCAUUUAGAGCCCUAAAGGCGCUAUUGUAUUUGACUGGUAUGCAGUGCUUAACGCCUUUAUGUCUCUGAUAAGACCACUGUUUGUAAAUAUUAGAUAUUAUAAUACACCGUCCUCGCUUAGGACACACACAUUAUUCAGUGGGAGACAAACAUUUUUUUGUAUAUUGUGAGCGGUAAUUAAUGUCCAGUCUUUUAUGAAAUGGUGAAAUUGUUGACCACGGUUGCUGUUCUCUCAAGAAAAAAAAUGGAACAAAGUUUGCAAAUGCUAUCGGAGACGUAGGUAACCUUUUAUUGCCGUAAGCUGAAGAUCACAUUAUGUCGGUUGACUGCAAGAAGGCCAUAAUAGCUUUGUAUUGUUCAUUGUCAGUAACGGCCAUCUUACAUUAGUUGAGAUACAGAAGGGCAUUGAAUCACAUACUGCAUUUUACUUGAUUUAAUGCCCCUCUGGCUCUCAACAUGAUAUGUAAUGAGACUUUUCCGUACGGCACUAACGGGGUCAGAAGCACGAGUAUGUGGGUAUUUAUAUCUCGGUUUGUCGCAAUGUGGGGUAAAGCUGCUGCAAUGGAAAGAUGGCAGCGGCUGAAAGCAAACUGGCAACGCUCGAUGUUGAAUGUUCCCUUUUUGAUCUGUCUUCACCCUUUUUUUAAUGAUACAUGUUUAACUAGCAACACAUUUGAAUGAAGAGAGGUCAACCAAGGUGAAAGGUCAACCAAGGUUCACCCAGAUGUUUAGAUAUGUCAUAAUGGUUACUAAGUGUCUCCUCGAACCCUUUCAAUCCUUAGAUCCACACUUUACGAUCAAGAAACGUCAAUCCAAGACAAUCGCAAACAUUCCCCUGAACUCUACUCAAGGCAAUUUAUAAACAAAUAGGCAUAUCCUGUAGAAAUUAUGUUCUGAGUAUUUGAGAUGCCAUUGUAAUGUCCGCACAUUUAAAGAAUCUGUUUGCUUGGAGCCGAAAGGUCAUUGACCUGUCUUAAAGCAUAUGAGUUAGCGCCUCGCGGCUCCAAACAGAUGAGCUGUCGGGUCAUCGCAGUGUUAGAAAUUUAGAGUUUCGGGAAAUGUUUGCAAUGGUUUCUUUUACCGCGUCUCCACGAAUAGAUGAUAGCAUUUAAAGACUGGUGAUUCACCCUCUCUUUCCUUCUUUCAGUCAUGACGAUAACAAUGUUAUAUUUCUAAGAAUGUGUGAACGGUCUUUACGAUACUGUCUGCCUGAUAAUUAUUAUCGGAGAAUAACAUUUUUCUUUCUCCUCCCUGUGAGUGACCUUGUGGAUGACUUGUUUGUAUAUGAUAAUAAUAAAUAAUAGAGGACUUGAUUUCAAUAUUUCAUGGACACAUGUUUUAUCUUGAUUCAAUUGUUAUGGUGACAAAAAAAAAAAAAAGGAAAGGAAAAAUGCUUAUCACAAAGUAUGUAUAUGAUUUUACUAAACAGAUCUUGUAUUUCUUGAGGUCUGUCGGAGGAUCGGAGGAAAACUAAAUCAUAGUGUAGUAUUGUUGAUGAAAACUUGUACCAGAAGAAGGUUAUAAAUAAUAAAUAGUUAUUUCCAUCUUCCCAUUA